ACUCAGGUGGUGGAUGAGAAACUCCCACAGGUUAUCCUCUACCCUCCACACACUAUGACACACACACCCAAUAAACAAUAAGUAAAACAUUAGAGGAAACUGUAAAUGGUGGAUCCAUCUGAUUACUCUUGAGCAUACAAAGGUUUUGCCCAAUUCCCAGGUACAUGAGGGUACAGAUUAGAGUUUACCCGGUACGGAACACGACAGUGACAAGAACCAGGCCUUGCAGGCCCCUGUUCAGAUGCCCUUGGGCUCCUGGCCCCUCGUGUCUGAGUUCCUUGUACUCUUCCAAACCCUCUAGCACUUCGCUUGUGCAUGGCUCCUCCACCCCUGCAGCAGCACACGCACCCCACCCCUGCAGCAGCACACACACCCCACCCCUGCAGCUCUACCCUCAUCUUCCCCUCUGAAUUCCUGGAAGCAGCUCCAUGCCUCAGAUCCCAUGCUGCCUUUGCCCUAUGGCAGGGCGCAGGGAGAUGAUUCAAGGUCCUGGAAUACCCUCCAGGUGUACUCCCUGACCAAGGCUAAUGGGAGCGCAAACCGGUGUAACAGCUAUUAGAGUGGGGGUGGGGGACCUGGUCACAGCUAUCAAAUUAGUAAGGCAGUGGCCUCAAACCAGAAACUCGGUUUCAGGGGGGUUGUGACAUUGAUAGCAAAGCUGGGAUUGAAAGGCUGGGAUCCUCAGUGGUCAUCAGAGAAGACAUCACCUCCACAAGAUGGCCUAGGACCACUUUCAGAAACGAGGACGCUUUCCACGUGCUGGAGGUCAUGAUCCCUAGAAUCUGUUCAUCAAGAGAGAAAGGUGUAAAGUCACAGGGUACCCUGGGUACCCUGGGGGUAGCAAGAGAGCCCAUAGUCAUUGUGGAGGAAGAUAGCCUCACCAACAGGAGGGCCCGAGAAUGAGGAGGUAGGGCCUGGGUCACCAGGCAUAGGGGUACACUCAGAACACAGAAGGCCAUUGGUCCUGUAAUGUUGCUAGGAUGCUGGGGGCCGAGGCAGAGAAGACCUGCCUGUGCCAAACCUCCCACCACUCUGGCUUGGUCAAGAGCCAGGUCCACUUUGCAAACGAACAAAUGACGCCAGGUGAGCUCAUGGAAGGGCAGGAGAGGCCAAAGGAGAGAGCGGCUGGACCAAGGAUCGGCACUUACCCCUCAGGGCUGGCAUUCAGGGGCUGAGACUGGACCAAGGAUCGGCACUUACCCCUCAGGGCUGGCAUUCAGGGGCUGAGACCGGGAGCCUAAAGGGCCCCAAAGGCACCCCCAACCCCAAUGCAUAUCUGGGCUUCCUUCAAGCCCUACCCAGGGCUGCUGCGGUUUCCUCCUGGCGCCUCUGGUCUCUGACAGCAGAGACUCCCCCCAUGCCGCACUAAUGGCUCAGCCUGGGGCCCCAGGGACCUUCCCUGCCCCCCCCCCCAGGCUGCUCUGCUGGCCCCAAAACCCCCCUCAUGCUGAAACCUAAUCCUCUGCAGCAGCUUCAGCUCAGUCCUGCUCUGCAGCCCCAGCCUGCCACUACCUCCUGCGCCCUACCUGGUCUUUACUGCAGAGCCCCAACCUCACGGAGCCAACGCCCCGUUCUGGGGAAGGCAGAGCUGGACCGACGACGACGACGAGACGAGACGUUCAUCUCAUCCAGUCCUACCAGGCCAGUACUUGCACCUCUCCGUCUUGGCUCCUCCCCGCUCUACCUUCUCCUUUUCUCUCCUCCCUCGUCCCCGCUGGGCCACCCGAAUCCCAUCUCAACCCCCCAUUGGUCCUACAAAGCAGCCUCUGUCACUCCUCGGAAGCCCUGUACCCCAGGCAGCAGUCCCUUCUCUGGGCUCUAGCCAUGAAACCCCCCUCAGGACUGGAGGAGGCCCGGCGGCGACAGGCCUCAGACAUCCGGGUGUUCGCCAGCAGCUGCACCAUGCAUGGUCUGGGCCACGUCUUUGGCCCCGGAGGCCUGACCCUGCGCCGUGGGCUUUGGGCCACAGCCGUGCUCCUGUCGCUGGCGGCCUUCCUCUACCAAGUGGCUGAGCGCGUGCGCUACUAUGGGGAGUUCCACCACAAGACCACCCUAGAUGAGCGCGAGAGCCACCAGCUCACCUUCCCAGCCGUCACUCUGUGUAACAUCAACCCACUGCGCCGCUCACGCCUCACACCCAACGACUUGCAUUGGGCUGGGACGGCGCUGCUGGGCCUGGACCCUGCUGAACACGCAGCCUACCUUCGUGCCCUGGGCCAGCCCCCUGCACCGCCUGGCUUCAUGCCCAGUCCCACCUUCGACAUGGCACAACUCUACGCCAGAGCCGGCCACUCCCUUGAGGACAUGUUGCUGGACUGCCGCUACCGUGGCCAGCCCUGUGGGCCUGAGAACUUCACCGUGAUCUUCACUCGAAUGGGGCAGUGCUACACCUUCAACUCCGGCCUCCACGGGGCAGAGCUGCUCACCACUCCAAAGGGUGGCGCUGGCAAUGGCUUGGAGAUUAUGUUGGAUGUACAGCAGGAGGAGUAUCUGCCCAUCUGGAAGGACAUGGAAGAGACCCCGUUUGAGGUGGGGAUCCGAGUGCAGAUCCACAGCCAGGAGGAGCCCCCUGCCAUUGACCAGCUGGGCUUCGGGGCAGCCCCAGGCCACCAGACUUUUGUGUCCUGCCAGCAGCAACAACUGAGCUUCCUGCCACCACCCUGGGGUGACUGCAAUACUGCAUCUGUGGACCCCGACUUUGAUCCAGAGCCCUCUGAUCCCCUGGGUUCCCCUAACCCCAGCCCCAGCCCUCCUUAUAGUUUAAUAGGGUGUCGUCUGGCCUGUGAGACCCGCUAUGUGGCUCGGAAGUGUGGAUGUCGAAUGAUGCAUAUGCCUGGAAACUCGCCAGUGUGCAGCCCCCAGCAGUACAAGGACUGCGCCAGCCCAGCUCUGGAUGCCAUGCUGCGAAAGGACGCGUGUGUCUGUCCCAAUCCGUGCGCCAUCACGCGCUACGCCAAGGAGCUCUCCAUGGUGCGGAUUCCUAGCCGCGCUUCAGCUCGCUACCUGGCCCAGAAAUACAACCGCAGCGAGACCUAUAUCGCGGAGAACGUUCUGGUUCUGGACAUCUUCUUUGAGGCCCUCAACUAUGAGACAGUGGAGCAGAAGGCUGCCUAUGAAGUGUCGGAGCUGCUGGGAGACAUUGGGGGACAGAUGGGACUGUUUAUUGGAGCCAGCCUGCUUACCAUCCUCGAGAUCCUUGACUACCUCUGCGAGGUUUUCCGAGACAGAGUCCUGGGGUAUUUCUGGAACAGAAGGGGCUCUCAAAGACGCUCUGGCAGUACUCUGGUAAUAGUCCCCUUGCCCUCCCCCACCCCUAGCAUCAUCUGGUCCAGGAGCUAUGUGCAGCCAUCUUGGCUGGUCUCCACCUUCUCCCUCUUCCCACAGCUUCAGGAAGGGUUGAAUGGCCAUCGAACACACGUUCCCCACCUCAGCCUGGGCCCCAGGCCUGCCACCCCUCCCUCUGCUGUCACCAAGACACUCUCUGCCUCCCACCGGACCUGUUACCUCGUCACAAGGCUCUAGACCUGCUGUGACCACGCGGCUGCACCGUGACAUCCUGGGCAUGUCCAGUCUGUCCAUCUUUGCUGUCUUCACCCUAAUAAAGCUCUAGUGCAUGUGCCUCAGGUGUUUGCCUUACA